AUGAGUAUUCUUACUUACAAUGGUUCUGCCAUUAUGGCAAUGAAAGGUAAGGAUUGUGUGGCCAUUGCUGCUGAUCGUCGUCUUGGAAUACAGCAGUCUCUGACAGUGAACACUGAUUUUCAGAAGGUUUUUGUAAUGGGUCCAAGUCUGUUCAUUGGUUUGCCUGGACUUGCUACAGAUGUUCAAACAGUGAGCCAAAGAUUGAAAUUCCGUUUAAAUCUGUAUGAAUUGCGGGAAAACAGAAGAAUCAAACCGAAAACAUUCAUGUCUAUGGUUUCUAAUUUGUUGUAUGAAAGGCGUUUUGGUCCUUAUUUUGUGGAGCCUGUCAUUGCCGGUCUUGAUCCAAUCACUUAUGAGCCAUUCAUUGCAUCUAUGGACCUGAUUGGUUGUCCAAUGGUAUCAAAUGACUUUGUAGUUAGUGGUACUUGUUCUGAACAAAUGUAUGGCAUGUGUGAAUCACUUUGGGAACCAAACUUGGAACCUGAAGACUUGUUUGAGACCAUUUCCCAAGCUUUGUUGAAUGCUGUCGAUAGAGAUGCACUAUCAGGUUGGGGUGCUGUAGUAUAUAUUGUUGAAAAAGACAAAGUUACAAAAAGAACGCUGAAGGCCAGAAUGGACUAA